AGGUGGGCGUGUCCUCUAGCAAAGUCACGCGUUCGCCCCCCGGUAGCCCCGCCCUUAGUUGUCAUGGCUCUUCAGUUACCUGUAUCAUUCCUCCUCCUGUCACCGCUGCGCACAGUAGUCCGGAGCAGAGUCUGGAGCAGAGCCAUGUCCAUCAAGGUUGGAGAUCCUCUGCCCGAUGUGCAGAUCUACGAUGGAGGUCCUGGAAGCAAGACCAGCAUCAAGGAUGUGUUUGGUGACAAGAAGGGCAUUCUCUUUGGCGUUCCAGGGGCUUUUACUCCAGGAUGCUCUAAGACACACUUACCUGGAUACGUGUCUCAGGCUGGUGAUCUGAAGUCCCGUGGGGUAGAAGUCCUCGCGUGCAUCUCAGUCAAUGAUGCCUUUGUUGUGAGCGAGUGGGGAAAAGUACACGGAGCCGAUAAGAAGGUCCGGAUGUUAGCUGAUCCUUGUGGAGACUUUGCCAAGGCGGCUGGAUUACUGCUGGAUAAAAAGGAGCUGGAAGAUCUCUUUGGAAAUAAACGUUGCAAAAGGUUUUCUCUGAUUGUUGAAGGUGGGAAGGUGAAAGCCAUUAACGUAGAAGAAGAUGGGACAGGCCUGACAUGCAGUUUGGCUAAUAACAUAUUGUCUCAGCUGUAAGUUGGAAUUGCACAUGAGCGUGGGUCGGUUUUAUCUUCUCGGAGUACCACAGUGCAGCAUUACAGAAUAACCAGUGUCUUCAUCAAUGGUGUAAUAGACAAUAAUCUGUAAUAAAGAAAAUACUUCUACCUGAAA